ACCAGAGGUAGUUCCUGAUCGGUAUCUAAGACAGAAGGAGCUCUCUGCCAGCAGGGAGAGAGAGAGAGAAGCUCCUGGAGCGAUGAUGUGGGGAGAAGCCUGACUGCAGGUACGGCUUGCAGAGAAAAGGGUAGCAGCUCUGAGAUGGCUGAGCAAUGUCGGUACAGCCAGGUGGCUUAGGUUUAAGUUGUAGCCAAGAGGCUUGAGUUUAUGUUGCAGUUUGUUUAACACCGGUGGUUUGGGUGAGGCUAUAAGGGGAUGGAGGAGGCCUCAUAGGGGACUCACGGUAGAGUGAGGACCCCAGCCCCAGUGAGGGCACAGAGUUUGGGGGUACAGACCCCAGCUCCAAAGAAGAGCCCGGUGAGAGGGCAACCUUGCAGAGGGAAGAGCCCCAGUGAGAAGGGCAGCCGUACAGAGAAGGCACUAGUGAGAAGGGUGGCGUAUAGAGAAGGCCCGCAAGGCCUAGACACGCCGGACACCCGGAGCAGGAGAAUUGUGGCCAAGUGGAGGAGAGGUAGCCUCCCUACAAAAACACAUAUCAUCAAAGUCGUGGCGGGCGAGAAUAGGAGGGUGCAAGUCCGAAGCUUGGCACAGUAGAGGAGGCGGCAAGGGCUAGCACGGCGACCCUGCUGUUUCUCCUGUUAGUGGUGCAUUGGCUGGGAACGGUAAUGCCAUGCACGAAAAGACGAACCCAAGGGCUAAAACUAGGACAGAGAGGGAGGGCUGUAAAAAGACAGCAGCAACAAACCGAAAAGAGGGCAAAGCAGGAAGGCUCUGCCCUGGGACGGUACUGGGAAGCUGGAGGGCCCGACCAGUGAAGGCGUGAGGCCAGGAUGGCCAUGGCAGAGGAUAUAGAGAGCCUGAAACAGGAGAAUUUUGCUGGACGCUUAAGGAUAGAUGAGUUGGAAGAGAGAGUUGAACAAUUGGAGUGGGAGCUAGAAGUGGCCCAAAUUCAAAAAGAGCAAGCUGAGGCAAAGGCUACGCGGUUAGAACAGCGGGCCCAGGCAGGAAAAAGGGAAAGAGGCUCAAGAGAGACCAGGCGCAGGAUAGCAGCGGAAGCAGAGAGGGCUCGCGUAUUAGAGCAGCUUAUUACAAAUGGAGGCCAAAAGAGCCGGGAGAGGGAAGAAAAGCUGCAGAGGAUGCAGAGAGAGAUGGCAGCGUGGAGAGAAAAGUCUCCUACAACCGGCACAACCCAGGCAAGGGAACAGAAAGAGUUAUUACAAAAGUUGGAGGUCGCCAAAGGGGUGAUGGAGGUUCUUCAGGAAGAAGUCCGCAGCCAGGCAGAUCAUAUACAGGAACUGCAUGAUGAGCUAGAGGAGUGGCAACAGAAGUGCUUUCGUGCAGAACAUCAAGCACAAGAGCUGCAGGAUGAGCUGCUUAAAAGCCAUGACCAAGCAAAAGAAACGGGCAAGGCUUUUGCACAAGAAAUGGAGAAAAUAAAAGCUAACCUAGCAAAUUAUGAGGACCUGUACCAUCGAAGCUUGUCCCUUGAAGGAGAGUUAGAAGCUGGGACAAAGGAGACUGAGAGGUUACGGGCCCAGUUGCAGAGGGUGGAGGCAGCAAAUGAGACCCUACGGGCAGCUAGUGGUCACAGAGCGUCAAAAGGCCAAGACCCUGAGGAGUCGGAGGGGCCAGAGUUAAUAAAUACAGGAACCCAGACGGAAGCAGGACUAAAGGCUCAAACAGGGGAGUGUGUGGAAGCAAUGCACGAGGCAUUACAAGAUCAGAAGCGGUCCCGGGAAGCAGAGGUAAAGUCCAGAAUGGAGGAGUGUGCAGAGUUGCAGGCCCAAAGGCAAAGGGUAGAAAAGGAGAAGGACCAACUGGGGGGAAGAGAUACGGUCCCUGAAGGCCCUACUAAAAGAGAGCACAGCCAGAGAGGCAGCUUUACAACAAGAGAUCGAGCAGCAACCAGUACAGGCUGCUCAAACACAGAGUGAAAGACUGACUGCAAUAAGUAAGCAGUUGGAAGAACAUGCGUCCAUGGCUAAGGCAGGAUUCGAGGAGUACCUUCAGGAGCUGGAAGGCUUGAAAAAGGGGUUAAUAGGUGCAGAAAAAUUCAUAGGGACUGCACAGCCUAUGCUCUUAAAGAUCCUGAGAAGUCAGGAGCAACCCAGUAUGGUAAAAUUGGAAAAUCCUCGAGAAGAGGAGGAAACAGGGCAGCAAGAAAAGAAUACCAGGAUGAAGACACUCGCAGAGAUAGACCCCACAAGGAUGCGGGAAGAGAUCCGCUCUACAGUCAUGGAGUGCACGGAUCAGAGAUGGGGGCAGUGGGUGAGCCAGCAUACAGUAGAAAUGAACUACCUGGGGAAGAAACUAGGGCAGCUUACCAGCAGGUAUGACGUUGGAGCAGUGACAGUACCAGAACAGGUGCAACAGAGGGAAGUAGACAAGGGAAAUGUGGUAAUGGUACAAGAGAGUGAGCCAGUCAGUGGUAGAAACAAGAACGGUGACCUAAGCUGCCCUGAUCACACUCAAAAGGAAGGACAGCUAGAACAAGAAGGUCAGAGAUCGAGGAGGGCACAAGCACGGGUAUCUGGUAGAACAGGUACGGCUUCCAGAAGAGAGAGAGAGAGGCAGAACCUCUAAGUAAAAGAGAAGUCCAAAGACCUGAGAUGGACUGGAGGAGCCGAAACUCCAGGGAAACUAAGGGGGGAGGAGAAGUACAUCUCAAGCUCUACCCAAAGGAUGAGAAACCCAGCCCUGCACGGAAGCAGAGACCGUGCCAAACCCAGACUGCAGGCCAAACUAAAGAGGCAGAAGGCCCAUCGACAACAAAGGUAAUUCGGUGGGAGAAAGAACAGAGGGGAGGAAGACGGCCAUGCGUGUAUGUUAAUAACCUCCCAGGGCAAGUCAGAUGGUGGACCCUGAGAAAAAUAGUUGAAGCUAGAGUUGGGGGAGUAGCAUUUGUAAAAGUGCACACAGGGCCUGGCGGAAGAUCUACUGGCCAAGGGAAGAAUUUUGGAGGGUAGAAAAUGCCCAGCGAGCACUCGGGUGCAGCGGGAGCUUUGGGGUAAGCUCAUGGACUGGCAGGAAACCAAAGAGAGGAGGGACUUGUUACAAAGGACACAAAGAAGAGGAGGUCUGGGACACAUGAAAAGGGACAAGACACCCCAAGUAGAAGGAGGCAGCUCUCCCAGGAAGAGAGAGGAGGCUGUCUCAUCAUGUUGAAGGGGCUGUGGAAGAAAAGAAGGUAGGCCUGAAUUGCACCCUACCAGGGAUGGCUAAUGUGGGGGGACUACCUGUGACAGGGUAACUCCCGAGAAACCCCCCGUGGUGUGCCCUGGGUAAAAGGCGAGGAGGAGGCGCCUGAAAACCUCUGCCUCCAGCAUUUGAGUUGCCGGGUGCCAGAAGAAAGGCUGAGAAAAGCCACAGAGGGAUGCAACACCUAUGAGGAUCCGCCUCGGUGAGUCUGAAAUCUUAAGCAGGGAGGUGUGUAGCAGGACACUAAGGUGCCUGCUGCUGAGAGAGCCUGGAGGGCUCCUCAGGUGCUGGUUGCCAGGGCAACGGGAGGCAGCAAACGACCCACACCUGCCAGCUAGUUAUAAGGGGCAAGGCCUGGCUCUUACCAUGGGGAGGGGAGCUGAGACCAGAGGCAGUUCCUGACUGGCAUCUAAGACAGAAGGAGCUCCCUGCCAGCAGCCAGAGAGAGAAGCUCCUGGAGCAAUGAUGUGGGGAAAAGCCUGACUGCAGGUACGGCUUGCAGAGAAAUGGGUAGCAGCCCCGCGAUGGCUGAGCAAUGUCGGUACAGCCAGGUGGCUUAGGUUUAAGUUGUAGCCAAGAGGCUUGAGUUUAUGUUGCAGUUUGUUUAACACUGGUGGUUUGGG